AUGCCGGUUUUCGAAGCUCCCGCAGUCUACGUCCAGAGCGCCGUCACCACGCUGUCGACUUACAUGAUCCAACACUUGUACAUGAAACAGCUGAUCGACUCUGACCGUACUGCUGCUAACGUGCUGCCAUUGUUGAACCCAACCGCUGUUUACUACGUCAGACGUGAAAGGGCCAACAAGCAAAAUGUGGUGAACGUUUUCGAUUCCAAAGGAAAUAAGGUUUACACUUUUGAGAGAACUACACCAUUGAAUCCGGUUUGGAGAAUGCUUGAGUUUCCUUCAAGAAGAGAGGCUGCUACGGUACGUGCUGGUUUCUUUCUUACAUCUGCCGACUUCCACAACGUUCCCGGGGUCCAGCACCGUGUUAUCAGUGAUGAGAACGGGCUUUCCGGAAAGUUUAAGACCUUCUAUCUCGACGACGGCCACAAGUAUGGCUGGACUAGAGGGUCCAAGUUUUUGGAGAAGUUCGUUAAUCCCGGUGGUGACGACGAGGAAGUCCGCGAAAGAAUAGCCAAGGUUAGGCUCAUGCGGCAAUGGAAGUUCGACUUCGAGCUGAUCGUCGACGAGACAAAAAUCAACAAAGAGGUGGCUUUGGCCACCGGAUUUGUCUCGAUGAUGACACAGUGGGGCGUCGGUGACAUCACUGAGACCACCGGUCCUACGCGUCUCCAGGAAAAGACUCAAGACACUUCUGCUGCUGCGGCAACUGCAGGUCACGACCUCAGCCACGUUACCUUUGUGAUGAAUGGGGCAGACACAGAGGUGACGAUUGAGCAAGAAUAA